CUCUCACCCGAAAACCCAAUUCCUAUCUCUCUCUCUCUCUCUCUCUCUCUUCUUCGCUCUCUCGCUCGCUUCGUCUCUCUCGCCAAAAACCGAAAACAAAACCCUAUUAAUUUCCAGACCGACUCUAAUCCCCCUCAUUCCAAUCCUUCUCUCUCCUCUCUCUCUCUCUGCCGCCUCGUCGCUUCUGUGAGACUCUCUCUCGCUCUCCGCCUUCCGAAACCGCCAUUACUGAGGGGCAGGGGCGGUUAUCGAAACGGUUACGUUCCGGUCUCAAUCGUCAAUCACUGCAGCCCUCCCUUAGGGUUAGUUCUCUCUCUCUCUCUCUAGUUUAAUCUCCGUCGUUUAAUUUCGGAGGAUUGAAUACCUCUAGGUCGUUCGAGAGAGAGUUACAGAAACAGAGAGAAGGAGGAAUUCGUUGUGUGUGCUAGGGUUUCUGUUUCGAGCGCAUUCAGUCUCUGAUUUCGCCGUCCCCUAGGUUUUUUUAUUUUUUUGUUUUUCUAUUUUCGUUGAUGUUGAUGUUAUUGGUGGUGCUCCUUGUAUGAUUGGACUGUUGGUGUUUUCGUGGGGGAGAGUUUUGGUUGGUGCAGCCAUAGUCACAGAGCUAUUGCUUAUUCGUGUUUCGGAGUUGGAGAUGAGGGUCCUCUGAGUGUUUGUGUGUGCAAUUUUUGCUCCUGCAAAUCCAUCUUUCGUUCGGAGAUGGAGGAGUAGACAGAUUGCUCUCUGUGUUGGUUUUUUUUUCGAAUAACUUUGUGUGGUAAUAGAGGUCACCCUGCCGUGGUCUUGCGCAUCGCUCGCCCUCGGUUAAUAAGUGGGUGGAAACUUGGUUUAGUUGGUUCAUAUGGCGCCGGUGUAGUUAGUCAGGUGUCGAUUUGAUUAUUCGGCAGUAAUAAGGCUUUGGUCCAGGUGUAGAAUUUGGGGACUUUAUGUAGAAGAGGAGCAAAUAUACCACCUCGAAGUGACUGUGUGGAUACUUUAUUCAUAAGUUUUGUGGAGGGAAAUCCUAGUUGUGAGUUGAGACUAAACGCAUCUGUUUGAUUGUGAAGUGGAGAAAAUAGGUAUAGUUGAGACUUCAGUCUCUUUGUGGAAGUUUAAUAAAUUGGGGAAAAAGGUGGAGGUGGUGAAGAAGGUGAGACGUGUUUCUGUUCUUAUAGCUGAUCAUGUUCAGUGCUCUUUAUGGGGAAAAGUGAACCCGCAUUAGCUCCAGAAUGGCUGAGAAGUACAGGCGGUGUUACUGGGGGUGGCAGUUCAACCCACCAUAUUGCAUCAUCUUCAGAUGUUCCGUCCUUGGCUCACUUGAGAAAUAGAACUUCAAGAAGCACAAGUGACUUUGAUCCCCCUCGCUCUUCUUAUUUAGACCGCUCGUCCUCCUCUAACUCCCGGAGGAGUUCUAGCAAUGGCUCUGCAAAGCAUGCUUACAGUAGUUUUAAUAGAAGCCACCGUGAUAAGGAAAAAGAAAGAUUAAAUUCUGGCGACCCUUGGGACCGUGAUUCUGACCCUUUGGGAAGCUUGUAUACCAAUUUGCGGCGUUCCCAGUCUAUGGUUUCCAGGAAUAAGACUGAAACUCUGUCCCGAAAAACUCCUAUUGACUCAAAAAGUGGUAGCAACAGCAGUCAUAACAAUGGCAAUGGGCUGAUUUCUGGGGUAAGAGUUGGUAUUCCGAAUUCUGUGUUUGAUAAGGAUUUUCCUUCACUUGGAACUGAAGAAAGGCAAGGUGUGCCUGAUAUUGGAAGAGUCCCAUCCCCGGGAUUUACCUCAGCUGUUCAGAGCCUGCCUGUUGGCAAUUCAGCUUUGAUUGGGGGAGAACAAUUUAAAUCAGCUCUGGCAGAGGUGCCUAAUGCUAUAAUUGGAAGCAGUAGUUCAGGAUCAUUUUCGGUUCAACCAAUUGCUGCUGCUACUUCAGUGAAUGGGGCUUCCGUUGCAAGUGCUGGUCUUAAUAUGGCUGAAGCAUUAACACAAGCUCCAGCAAGAGCUCGCACUGCUCCCCAGUUAUCUGUCCAGACACAAAGGCUUGAAGAAUUGAUUCUCAAGCAGUCGAGGCAAUUGAUACCAGUGACACCUUCAAUGCCGAAAUCUUCAGCUCUCAGUUCUUCUGACAAGUUAAAGCCCAAAACAGCAGUCAGGGCUGGUGAGUUGAUUGCACCUGUUAAGGUUGGGCAGCAGCAGUCCUCUCUAUCGCACCAUGCCAAUCAAUAUAUUCAUGGGGGACCUGUCAAGUCUGAUGCUCCAAAGACAUCUCUGGGGAAGCUUCAUGUUCUCAAACCAGUGUGGGAAAACGGUAUCUCUUCUCCAAAGGAUAUCACUAGCCCCACAAGUAAUGCAAGCAGUAGAGCAGCAAAUAGUCCGCUUGCUGUUGCCCCUCCUGUUGUGUCCGCUCCUUCAAGGAGCCCUAACAAUUCAAAGCUUUUGGCGGUUGAAAGAAAAGUGGCCGCUUUGGAUCUGAGAUCUGGAACCACUUUGGAUAAGAGACAUUCUUUGUCUCAAGGCGGCCAGAGCCGGAAUGAUUUCUUUAAUCUCUUGAAGAAGAAAACCUCCAUGAACUGUUCGAUUACUCUCCCAGACUCGGGUCCUGACAGUUCAUCUCCCACCACGGAGAAAUCUGGUGACAUAGCUAGUGAAGUAUUCGGUGAUCUUGUGAGUCCUCACAUUGAAAAUGGUGGUGAGGUGACUGACAAUGGUGAUAGUUCUGAAGAGGUUCAUAGAUUCUCUGGUAUUGGCCCAAGUGUAGCAGUUUAUUCGGAUGAAGAGGAAGCUCGUUUCCUUCGGUCUCUUGGAUGGGAGGAAAAUUCUGGUGAUGAUGGUGGUCUAACAGAAGAAGAGAUCAAUGCCUUCUAUGACCAGUAUAUGAAAGCGAGACCAUCUUUGAAACUGAAUCGAGGCUCGCAGCCAAAGCUUACAACACUGCCCGAAUCUCAUGCAACUAAUUGUGGUGGGGCAACUACUGAACUGAGCUCAUCUGACUCUGGGUCUGAAGCUUGAUUUACUUUUCCUUACACAUAGAUCCAAGAAUUUUCAAUUUUUUGACGGCAGAUGGUUAGUCUCUUGUCUCUUUGUUUCGGGAAAAAAAAAGUGAAAGAAGCUGAUGAGUUUGGUAAGAACCAAGAUAAUGGGUCUGGAGAAGAACUAUGCAUUCUGCAAAUAGUGCAAUAAGUUACAGGUGCCCCAAUCCUGUCUGCCUAAAAUGGUUUUUUGUUUAGGUUUUUAAAUUUUUAUGGGAGAGCAUUGGAUAUGGGCUGUUUUGUCUGCAGUGGGAGAUGAUGAUGAGAAAAUUGAUACUUUGGUGUAUUUUGGUCCUUGUUCUUCCUCUUUCUAUUAGGGGGUUUCAUUCUACAAGAAUGGCUUAUUAUGUUUUGAUCAAUUUUACGGAAAAGAAGAAAUCAAAAGGGGUUUACUUUUC